UUGCUGACCAGGUUUCCAUGACCAUGAGACAUAAGCAAAUAGGUUUGUCUAGAUCAUUUACAAAUCUAAGAGACAAGAAUCAAGCCAAACUUGGAGGUUAUGUCUCCAACAAUAGAGAUCUUCAUGAAAGAAAUGAUUCGGAUGAAUCCAAAACAAUGGCAAAUGAGGGAGCCAUAACUCAACUUUUGGAAAGAAUUUCUUGCUUAUAUGAUAGAAUGGAUGAUUUUACAAACUACAUUGAAGAGAUGAACUUCAAGUUAUCUCUGAAGAAAAUUUGUCAAUGCCAACAAAAUAUGCACCUACAAGUUGGUUCAUGCAAUGGUUGUUCUUCCACCUCUUACUUCAUCACUAGCUUGAGCAACGGUUCCUCCGUCGUGUCGCCACCACCAACUAAGGAGUUUAUCUUAAUGGAUGAGGUAGUUUUCCUUAAUGCUUACAUCUCUCUCACUUUCAGUAUUUAUGAUUUCUUGGUUUGUGAAAGUUAUAUGUUUUCCGAAUAA